AGUUUCAGGAUGCACAACUCUCAGACCACACGUCAGGAAACAAUUUUAGCACAUACCCACAUACUGAGAACUUGUUCCCUCUCAAUCCAUCGAGACAUCUCUGCAAUUGAUCAUAUCGUCUUUUUUCAUUAUUUGAUUAACCAUGGAUAAAUUUUCGAGAACUGUUGUGUUCUCUUGUGUCAUGCUUAUCUCCAUAUGUGUUCCUUCAUCUUUAGCUCAAACUUGCCGGAGCUAUAACUUCUCUAGCAAUCAAGUAUUCAGCACUUGCAGUGAUCUUCCUGUGUUGAGUUCUUUUAUCUAUUGGAAUUACCAUCCAUCAAACCAAACAGCUGAUAUUGCGUUUCGCAAAUCUGGAGCAUCCACUACCAAUUGGUAUGUAUGGUCUCUCAACCCUACCGGCCAGGGGAUGGCAGGGUCACAGGCUCUUCUGGCUUUCCAUAACUCUAGUGGCCUCCCUACUGCUUAUACCACCCCAAUAAGAGACCUAUCCCCGUCGAUGCAAAAAGGCGACUUGAGUUUUCCGGUCUCCAAACUUAAAGCAGAGUAUUCGAGUGGUGAAAUGAUAAUAUUCGCUACUCUUCACCUUACUAAUAGCUUGAUAUCGACCAACCAAGUGUGGCAGGAAGGUGCCAUGUCUGGAAAUAAUUUUAAUAUUCAUUCCAUGGAUUCAGCAAACAAAGCAUCAGUAGGGAAUAUAAAUUUUGCGACUGGAACAACAGUUGCUGGAACUGCCCAAACAAGCAGUAAGAAGAAUGUUCAUGGGGUACUAAACGCGGUGAGCUGGGGAGUUCUGAUGCCGAUGGGAAUCAUGAUAGCUAGGUACUUGAAGGUGUUCAAGGUAGCAAAUCCAGCGUGGUUUUACUUACAUGUCACUUGCCAAUCCUCUGCCUAUAUCAUUGGCGUUGCUGGAUGGGGAACUGGUCUUAAUCUCGGCAGCGAUUCCACUGGAAUCGAGUAUAGCAAGCACAGGAACAUUGGCAUAAUCCUCUUCUGCUUUGCAACUCUUCAGGUAUUUGCUUUGCUCUUGAGGCCAAAGCCAGAUCACAAGUACAGACUGUACUGGAACAUCUAUCACCAUUCCAUUGGAUACGCAACCAUCGCUUUGAGCAUCAUCAACAUCUACGAAGGCUUUGACAUUUUGGACCCUGAGAAGAAAUGGGAAAAAAUUUACACUGGAAUUAUCAUUUUUUUGGGGGCCGUCGCGGCUCUCUUGGAGGUUUUGACAUGGAUCAUAGUCAUUAGAAGGAAGAAAACAGUAAACUUCAACAAGCACGCCAAUGGAACAAAUGGGACUAACGGAUAUGGCGCUUAGAAGACUGAAGACACUGUAACAUAUGACUCUAGGCUUGUCCUAGUUGGGUUUUAUUUUAUUUUAUUUUAUUUUUAAUGCAGAGAUCCUAUAUCUUUGUAGACUUUCUGUGUAGAAGCAUUUUGGUAGUGAUUUGCGAGUACAGUAGCAUUUGGGUAUAUGGGAUAGACUGGCUGUACUUUUCUACAUACAGAGAUAUUCAUUGCAUUAUUUACGUUUGUUUCCA